GUUUACAAAAAUAAAUGUUCAGCUAUAUAUUCAUACACGCACCAAAAUAAACAUAGAAAACAGAGCUUUCUUACAGUGGUCCUAUUUUUCAGUUCCAAUUGUCGGAGCUAAUUCCUAUGGCUUCUGAUCUGUUUGUGUAUGAAAACACUUUCUUUUCUGAUCCAUUUUCUCCUUUCAUUGAGUCGCUCAUUGAUCAUGAUAGUAUCUUCCAAGCAAUUUCAGACACAUACCACAACUCGGCCGAGAGAAACCCUCUUGACGAAACCAAUUCUCUGGACCAAAGUGCACCUACCCUCCUCUCUUCCUCACCACCAAGUCACCAACUUGGGAAUCUCUCUCUCUACCAACACCAAACCACCCAUUUGGCAACUGCUUCUUCAAUUUCGGCAAAUAGGUAUGCAGAUUUCACUGUUUUGGAGGUCAAAACAGAGGAAUGUCGAGCUCUUAUCGACUCUCUCUUUAGCUAUAGUAACAACUUCUUUGAGCCUCAGACCCAAGGCUUGAGCUCUCCUGCAAAUAACUCCUCUAUUGGUCAAAUAAGAAGGGUUUGCAGCACUGGAGAUUUACCAAAGAUCAAAACAGCAGAGACAAGUCACAAGUUGUCUUCAAAUCCUUUAAGCACAGAGAGGUCAUCCAUGGAGGAAGCCAACUUCAAAGUGAGACGAUAUAGUGCGGAAGAGAGGAAACAGAGGAUUCAUAGGUACAAAGCAAAGCGUAAUCAAAGAAAUUUCAACAAGACAAUCAAGUAUGCUUGCCGGAAGACACUGGCCGACAAUCGGCCUAGGAUACGUGGCAGAUUUGUACGCAACGAUGAAACAGGAGAGAUUCCUAAAGCUGCAACUUAUAAUCGAUAUGAAGACGAAGAUGAUCUUUGGAUUGAAUGAAGAUGAAGAAAGAAGAUUGGAUGGAGGAGGAGGAGGAGGACCAUUCUUCAACAACUAUGUCCCAACCCAAUUUCAGUACUAUGGCUAUUCAUAAUUGAACCUAUUUCAAAUGAGCUUUCUUGUAAUGAUUCAAUAUAUCACCGUGAAUAUUUCCAAUGCAUGUCCUUAGAAAGCAGUAAUAGUGGUAGUAGGAUAGCAUAGCAAAGCACCAACGGGAGAUAAAACACAGAGAAUGUUGUCCAUUGGUAGCUCUUGCUUUUCUUGGUCUUGAAUUCAAUCGUGUA